GCUGCCGCGCUCGGCUUCUCUCGCGGUGACGUCACGGUGAUGCAGACCGCGAGGCGUGCGGAAGCGGGUGGGAUGAUGGCGGUGGUGCAGCGGGGCUCCAACAAAUGGCUCUUCACCGGAGAACAGCUCGAAAACACGCCGUCCCGCCGCUGCGGAGUCGAGCCUGACCGCGAGCUCUCAUACCGACAGCAAGCCGCCAACCUAAUUCAGGACAUGGGACAGCGAUUAAACGUAUCCCAGCUUACGAUUAACACGGCAAUUGUCUAUAUGCACCGGUUUUACAUGCUUAAUUCCUUUACGAAAUUCCAUAGAAAUAUCAUUUCUCCCACUACACUCUUUCUGGCCGCUAAGGUGGAGGAACAACCAAGGAAACUUGAACACGUUAUUAAAGUAGCACAUGCUUGCCUGAACCCUCAGGACCCUCCACUGGACACCAAGAGCAAUGUAUACCUCCAGCAGGCUCAAGAGCUGGUGCUGUUGGAGACCAUAGUGCUGCAGACACUCGGGUUUGAGAUAACAAUAGAUCAUCCACACACAGAUGUGGUGAGAUGUUCCCAGCUAGUGCGAGCGAGCAAGGACUUGGCCCAGACCUCCUAUUUCAUGGCUACCAACAGUCUGCACCUGACCACCUUCUGCCUGCAGCACAAACCCACAGUGGUGGCGUGUGUCUGUAUUCAUCUGGCCUGCAAGUGGUCCAAUUGGGAGAUUCCUGUCUCUUCAGAUGGGAAACAUUGGUGGGAAUAUGUCGACCGGUCCGUGACUCUGCAGCUGCUCGAUGACCUGACUCACGAGAUUCUCCAGAUCCUGGAAAAAACACCAAGCAGAUUAAAAAGAAUCCGAAACUGGCGGGCCAAUCAAGCUGCCAAGAAACCAAAACUCGACAACCAGUCUUUAGACGGUUCCUUCCAGACAUCUCUGAGCGAGGACACUUCAUUAAUGGAUAGCAUGUGUGACAUCAGAGGGGGGAUGUAUUCUGAACCAUCCACCUCUUUCCCAUUGGAUGGGGCGUCAAUGUCACUCAACGGCCUGUCGAACCUGCAGAGUUCUGCUUUCAGCUUUUCUGCACCAAUUUCCCAGAGCGCAGACGCAUUUCUCGCGCUCCAGGGGGUGCAGGUGAGCAAACAAGGACAUGCUCCGGCAACUCUCGCCCCUCAGAAACUCACUCUAGAGAAAUACCGUGAAAAACAUGCUGCCGAGUUAGAGCAAAGACGCAGACACGAAGAGGAGGAAAGUGACCAGCAUCGAAAACAAUCCGAACCGUCUACGUCAAUCAGGGUGAAGUAUUCCCAACAGCAGGUACCGGAGCGAUCGUUGAAGAGCGGGUCGCUCAAACGGCGCCACCCUUCCUCGUCUGAGAAUGGUUCUGCUAGUCAAGAAGAGCUGAAAAUGAAGAUCAAGGUUUCAUCCGAAAGUAGCGGCAACAGUAAGAGUCGUCACAGUCCGCGCUCGAGCCGUGAGAAACAUCGCGAACAUUCAUCGCACAAAGCGGUGAGACAUGAUUCGUCGCACUCACACGGUAGUCACCACCACCAUCACCACCAUUCAUCCAAAUCUCACCGAUCUUCCAAGAGCCACUCCUCCUCUGCCUCUGUAUCUGUCAAUCAAACGAUAGGCCACGCCCAGUUUGCGAAGAUUGACAGGAGGCUGGGGGAGGGGCAGAGUUCUGAGUCUAAUGCUGCUUUAAUAAAUAAUGGUCCACACAUGGAUUAUGAAGACACUUUUAAUAUGCUUGAUUCCCUAUUAAAUGCACACAACUUCUAAACUAGCGAAAAAACCUCAACAAAAAAAAAAACGUACGAUUUUCGUUCCUUAGCUAAUUUUAUGCAAGAAUCACUAGUCCGUUACAUGUCAUAGUCUCUCUUUGAU